AUGGCAACAAAGAAGAAGAAAAAGGGCAAUAAGAAGAAUGAAUGGUCGGAAGAUCUGGAUGUCAAAGCAGCGGAACUGAAACUAUCGUCCGGCUCCGAGACUGAUGACGACAGUAAAAGAAUUAGUGAAGAAUCAAUGGUACCCACCUAUGGGAAAGGGAAAAGCGGAGCAUUCAUUAUGCUUGCUGGAUAUAAUUCUGAUGAUGAUGACGCAGAGAAGGAAGGAAGCAUUAGUGAAAAUUCUGACAAGACAGAGGAAGUUGGCAAAAACAAGCAAGAAAAAAGGACGAUGAACGAGACGAAUAAACCUAAUGAGGCAAAAGGAUUGUCUAAGCAACAAACAACAAAAUUAAAGGAAGAGAGAAAAAGGAAGGAAAAAAAAAGCAACAAGGGUUUGAAAGAAGAUGAGGAUUUGGAUGCUUUACUUGCGGAUCUCGAGAAACCAAUAGAAAAAGUGUCAAAAGAAGGGAAAAAAAAAGGAGCAACUUCUGGCGUCCUUUAUAUAACAGAAGUGCAAACUCAUAAAGAUUUAAAAAUAUCUUCAACUACUGAAAAUAUUACAGUUGAUGCUGACAAGGCUGAAGAAAUAGCCAUUGUAGCAGAUGAUGGCGGAGAUGUCAUGGCCAAGAAAAAAGAUAAAAAAAAAAGAAAAAAGGUCAAUUUUAUUAAAGAAAUAUUACGUAGAAGACAAGAGGAAGAAGAGAGAGUACUAAAGCAGCAGAAGGAAGAAGAGGAGAGAUUGAUUGCACAACAGAAAGCGAGGGAAGAAGAAGAACGACUGGCCAGGGAAAAGAAGCAACGUGAGAAACAGAAGAAAAAAGAACGUGAUGAAAAGCUGAAGGCGGAGGGAAAAUAUCUGACACCAGCACAAAAGGAGAAGCUGAGGAGACAACAAGCAUUAUUAGCUAAUUCAAAUAUCAUACUCCCAAGUGUGCUGAGACGAGAAAAUGAUGAGGCACCAGUGAAACGUCCUGUAUAUGGGAAGAGGAAGCAAAAAAAAGAGCUGAAACAAGACGACGAAGAGGUAAAAUCCUCAGAAUAUCGUGAGGUGGUGAAACCGCAAGAUGAAGAGAUAAUUAGUUCGUGGGAUACGAUAGAUGAGGUUAUUGACGACUGGGAAAAUAUACAUGGGGAGGAACAAGAAGAAGUGACAUCAUGUGUUAUAGAACAGGUUCUGCGAGCGGCUACUCCUGCAAAAGAUGGGAUAGUUUCGGUGAAGGUUGAGUCAAAACAAUUCGUUGAAGAAACGGAACGCUCCGAUUCCUCGGAAGAAUCCGAUGAAGAAGACGAGGAAGAAACCAGUGAUGAUGAGCAAGAAAGUCGGGAAAGCAAAGAGCAAUUGAAAGAGAAAGUUCGAGCACGUUUGAAGAAGCGGCGUGAGCAAGCUGAAGCUAAACGCUCAACGAAUAAUUUGCGAUCACCAGUUAUCUGUGUGCUUGGACAUGUCGAUACAGGAAAAACAAAAAUGUUGGAUACGAUACGACGCACAAAUGUACAAGAUGGAGAAGCUGGUGGAAUAACGCAACAAAUCGGUGCUACACAAGUGCCGGCUGCUGCAAUUAUUGAACGUACUAAAAUGGUUCGAGAUUUCAUCGGUCAUGAAAUGAAAAUCCCUGGACUCUUGAUAAUUGACACUCCUGGUCAUGAAAGUUUCUCAAACUUACGAUCUCGUGGUUCUUCAUUAUGUGAUUAUGCAAUUUUGGUUGUUGAUUUAAUGCAUGGGCUUGAACAACAGACACUCGAGUCGUUUAAUUUAUUGAGAAAAAGACAAACUCCUUUUGUGAUAGCACUGAACAAAAUCGAUCGUUUGUACGAUUACGAAUCAAAUCCACGAAAAGAUAUUUAUCAACAUUUAAAGUCACAACCGCUCAAUACUCAACUACAAUUCAAAGAACUUAAAGAUAAAGUUGUGUUACAAUUCGCUGAGCAGGGAGUAAACGUUGUUAUGGCAAACGAAAAUCGAGAUUUAAACGAAUAUAUUAGCAUGGUUCCGACAUCUGCAUUUCUUGGUGAUGGUAUUGGUAAUAUUAUGGCACAUAUUGUUAGUGAUUCACAGAACAGGCUAGCUGAAAAGUUAGCAUAUUGCGAAGAGCUUGACUGUACGGUCAUGGAGGUCAAAUCUCUUCCUGGAUUAGGAACUACAAUAGAUGUCAUAUUGGUCAAUGGCUCGUUAAGGGUCGGUGAUGUUAUCGUUCUUACGGGUACCGAUGGGGCCAUCAUCACUCAGAUUCGUGAGCUGUUGAUGCCGCAACCUUUGAAAGAGUUGAGAGUUAAGAAUGCAUAUGAGCAUUAUCAAAUGAUAAAAGGUGCACAAGGAAUUAAAAUACUUGCAAAGAAUUUGGAAAAAGCGCUUGCUGGCUUACCAAUAUUUGUUGCAAACCGGGAAGAUGAACUUCUCGUACUCAAGGAGGAUUGUGAAGCACAGUUAUCCAAGGCUCUUAUGGCUAUCAAGAAGAAACCUGAGGGAGUGUACGUUCAGGCUAGUACACUGGGCUCAUUAGAAGCUUUGUUGGAGUUCCUGAGGACACAAAAAAUACCUUAUUCGAACGUCAAUAUUGGGCCAGUACAUAAAAAAGAUGUGCAGAAAGCAGCAGCAAUGUUGGAAAGGAAGGAAGAGUAUGCCUGCAUACUUGCAUUCGAUGUUCGUGUUGACCGCGAGGUAGAACAGUUUGCAGCUACUGAGGGUGUUCGCAUUUUUUCUGCUGACAUUAUAUAUCACUUGGAGGAUAGUUUCUUGAAAUACAGAGAAGAGCUGAAACUUAAACGCCGACGGCAGAACGAACAUUUGGCAGUUUUUCCAUGCAAAUUGAGAAUUCUUCCGCAACACAUAUUUAAUGCCCGUAAUCCCAUUGUAAUUGGUGUAUCUGUUGAUGCUGGUCAACUCAAGCGAGGUGUUCCAUUGUGUGUUCCUUCUAAAGACUCUAUCUUCAUCGGUACCGUAUCAAGUAUUGAGCGAAAUCAUGAGCAAGUGGAAAUAGCUCGUACGGGGGAAGAAGUUUGCAUAAAAAUAGAAAAUACAACUGGUGAAGCGCCAAAACUUUAUGGAAGGCAUUUCACGCAUCAGGAUACAUUAGUCAGUCGGAUAACGCGUGAAACAAUAGAUGUUUGCAAAGCACAUUUUCGAAAUGAUUUAUCAAAGGCGGAUUGGCAAUUAGUUGUUCAGCUGAAGAAAGUUCUUGAUAUAAUAUGA